AUCAAUUCUCCCUCACUUUAGGGGAAAAGAAAAGAAAAACCCAUAAAUUCUACCCCUGUAAAAUACUCCACCACUACUAGGUACGUACCUGGAAAUUGUAAAGUUGACGUGCCAAUAGCGCAUUUGUUCAUAGUUGGAGUACCAUCAAUCAUCAGCUUUCACAUCCUCACUCACUCACUCACUCUCUCUCUCUCUCUCUCUCUCUCUUGUUCACCAGAUCCCGAUCCAGAAGAAGCUAAGGGUAAAGUUUCUGUAUUUGGCACAUGAAUCAGUGCGUCAUGAAGAACUGCAGCUAUGUUCUUGGUCCGAAAUGGAAGCACUUUUUCGUGUCAUAGCACUUGCUUAUAAAUUCAUCUACACAGUCGUCUUUCCAACGGAAGUGGCAAGCCAUGUGCGACGAGUUUAGCCAAUUCCCGACCCUCAUAACUUACUUGAGGGAAACAUGGUUUAAGGCCGUACAAAGAGCGGUUUGUUUCAGCAUGGACAGAUACAUGUAUGUAUCUUGGAAGCAAUUAAAGUCAAAGUUAUAAUCACUUUAUAACUUUACUAUUUCAAUUUUGUGUAUUUCACUACUACACUAAGGAAUACUUUUUGAUACUUUCCUAUUUAAACACAGUGCAUUAUUCUAUUAUAGGGCACAGUCUGCACAUGCGAGGCUAAAGCUAUAUUUGGGGGAUACUAUGUCAUCGCGACAAACAUCUUUUGAUAAAAUAGAAAAUAUGUUAAUUGAAAAAUCAGUUCGGGGAAAUUAAGAACGAUGGAGAAAUUAAGAAGUCAUUCGAGAAAUCUAUGAACAUUCCACGCCACAAACAAUUACGUGACGACAUUUUUGAUCAAGUAUGGUGUCGUAGUUCAUUAGAGGCAAUGAAGUUCAUAUAUGUUCAGCUAGAAAGCGCUUUAGAAGUAUCCCCCACAUAGCCGGCUAUUGCAACUGUACGAUCAAAAUCACACGCGGAUUGUCAUGCAUACACGAUCUUGCAUAUUAUCGUUCCAUUUCCACUCCAGUUCCGCUAUGGAGUAUCCACGCUGAUUAGAUUAGGUUAUCUAUGCACGCAAACGAGUUUAAUGACAAGGGAACACGACCAGAUAGGACAUCUCAGGUUGUUGAGAUAUUAGAUGAAAUGGAUCCGUGUAUGCGAGAGCAUAUCAUAGGCAAGUUUAUCAAUAUGACAGAUCCAUCUCAUAGCACAGUUCGACCUCCAUCGUACAACACAGAACAUAGAGGUCGACCUGUAGGUAGAGAUGAGCAAAGUACACGUCGCAUACCUUCUUUUUCAGAAACAUCCACUUCAGGAUCAAGGACUGCAACAUCGCAAGUGAGAGGGAGAGGGAGACGUGGGAGGGGGUCGGGGGUUCGCAACACUCAACCAACCCAUUCUCAAUCUUUAGUUCCACCCAUCCCUGAUCGCUACAUUCAGCGAUUACCUCAGGCUUAUCAGCGUUAUAUUUCCCACACUGUUGACGUCAAAGGUGACGGUCAUUGUGGAUUCAGGGCGAUAACUGCACAAAUUGGGUAUAGUGAAAAUGAUUGGAAUCGAGUACGAGAGGAGCUUAUUGAAUAGAUUUGACAAAAUUAUGCUCUAUACAGUGUGAUUUAUCCAGCACAUGAUUGGGCAAACCAUCUACUACACUACUAGAUUGCUUUGAGCCUAGGGCACCAAUGGCACAUUGGAUGGAGUCGAUGACUUUGGGAGUUGUCAUCGCAACAGGGUACAAUCUUGUACUGCAUACAUUUGAGGUGAAUGCUAUCAGUUAUUUUACUCACUUGCCAUUGAGGUCCCCUCAAGUUCCAAUUGAAGACCACCGGGAAAUUGCUAUUGCCCGUUUUGACUAUCACUUCGUGCAAGUUUUCUUAGAACCUCAUUACCCUGUUCCCCCUUUCCCUACAUGGUGGUGGGAGCAUGUAUCGAACGAAGCUACAGGAUGGGCUGCUAGUUAUGGAACACGUAUGCAAUUGUGGUACGAAGUAAUGGGUACAAGCGCGCUAGAAGCAGAAUUUGGAGGAAAUAUUAAUUAGAAUUUAUGUUUUUAUGUAUUUUCAUGUAUUGACAAUAUGUACUCAAUUUUAUUUAAAUUUAUUAUUUUUAAUUAGAAGUUAUUUUUAUUAUUCAUUAUUAAGACAAA